UUAUAGACAUUCUGACAUAUUGUUAUUUUUAUUAGACCCUCAACUUUCUUCUUAAUUAUCAAAACAAACAAUCUGGAAAGGAGAGCUAUAUAUAGAUAUAACCAAUCUGAUUUUUUAAGUAUGCAAGUUCAUAAUCAUAAUAAUAAUGAAGAUGUAGAUAUCCUAAUUGUUGGUGCUGGACUGGCUGGUCUUACUACAUCCUUAGCCCUUCACAGGUUGGGUUUAAGGAGUUUGGUAUUGGAGUCAUCAGAGAGCUUAAGAAUUACCGGGUUUGCGCUUACAUUAUGGACCAAUGCUUGGAAGGCGUUGGAUGUUGUAGGAAUUGGAGACUCCUUAAGACAAAAGUCUACUCAAAUAACUGGAUUCAAGAUGGCCUUGCCUGAUACUGGUCUUUUUACUCCAGGGCAAGUACUUGACAAAGAUGGGAAAUUCCACAAAUUAUUUUAUCUUAGCAAGGGCUAUGAAAGUCGAUGUGUUAGGCGGAAAGAUUUACUGGAGACAUUAGUCAACGAGUUACCACACGACACCAUUAGAUACUCUUCAAAGGUUACAAACAUUAGUGAACUCAACCGGUUCAAACUAGUACAACUAGCUGAUGGGUCGAUUCUCAAAACCAAGGUGUUGAUAGGGUGUGAUGGGGUUAACUCGGUUGUUUCUAAAUGGUUGGGUCUUGCAACACCUGUAAGUGUUGGGAGAUCAGCUAUUCGUGGUUUGGCAGACUUCCCAAAUGGCUCAGGUUUUGAACCUCUGUCAUAUCUCAGCUUUGGAGGUGGCACACGAUUUGGUUUUCGUCCGAUUGAUGACAAGACCGUGUAUUGGUUUUGCACGUUUACCCCAUCUAAAGUUCCAUCAUAUGAAAAAGAGUUGCAAGAAAGCCCAAGGAAAAUGAAGCAAUUUGUAUCGAGACUAAUCGACAAGAUGCCACGAGAAGCACUAGACGUGCUGGAAAAAACGUCUCUAAGCAACAUUUCAUAUUCAACAUUGAAGAUAAGAUUGCCAUGGAAUGUACUAUUUGGUAACAUAGCUAAAGAAAACGUUUGCGUAGCAGGGGAUGCCCUUCAUCCCAUGACGCCCGACAUAAACCAAGGUGGGUGUUCUGCUCUUGAAGAUGCCAUAGUGCUUAGUAGGCAUCUCGGAGAGGCUUUUUUGAAGAAAACAUCUGGAAAAGAUGAUGAAUUCGAUAGAAUUGGAAAGGGAUUAAUGAAAUAUGAAAGGGAAAGGAGGUGGAGAAGUGUUAGUCUAAUUACUGUUGCAUAUUGUGUGGGGUUUAUACAACAAAGCAACGGAAAAUUGAUGAGUUUCUUGAGGAAAGUAUGGUUAUCUAACCAUACUUCUAAUGCUUUGCUUCAGAUGGCUAAGUUUGAUUGUGGUGACCUUAAUUUCUAUUGAAUUGAAGUUCUAGUCCCUUAGCUGGGCCACAACAAACCUUCUCAGACCCAUUACGUAAGAGGUAAUCAAACUCGUAUAAAGAAUGAAAACGUCACGAUCUUCAUGGUGAAUACGUCUCAAGAUGGAUUGACCCACGUUUAAUAUUGUUUAUCUUGAGUAUGUUUAUAUUUUGUACAUCUCAAAGUUUUAGAGUAGCUAGGGAUCUAAUGAUUAAUUAAAAGCAUUUUAAAAACCACAUACUUUUCACAAGUGAAAACAUGUGUAUGAGAUUUUAACAAAGCCCGAUUCAUGUUAUUAUUCAAUAAAGAUAGGAUUACAAUAA